AUGUUUGAGUUUGAGGAACGAAAGGAAGACUACGUGGCGACCUUCAAGGGAUCCGAGUUCUUCUGCUACGACCUGUCCUUGAACCCGAUCCAGAGCAGCAGCGACGAGAUCACCCUGUCCUUCAAGACGUUACAAAGGAACGGUCUGAUGCUUCACACGGGGAAGUCUGCAGACUAUGUCAACCUUGCCCUGAAAAACGGAGCUGUAUCGCUGGUCAUUAAUUUGGGGUCUGGGGCCUUUGAAGCUCUGGUGGAGCCUGUCAAUGGGAAAUUCAAUGACAAUGAUUGGCAUGAUGUCAAAGUUACAAGGAAUCUACGUCAGGUAACUAUAUCCGUGGAUGGGAUACUGACCACCACAGGGUAUACUCAAGAAGACUACACCAUGCUAGGCUCCGACGACUUUUUCUAUGUUGGCGGGAGUCCUAGCACGGCUGACCUGCCUGGAUCACCUGUUAGCAACAACUUUAUGGGUUGCCUGAAAGAGGUUGUGUAUAAAAACAACGAUGUGCGACUCGAGCUCUCCAGGAUGGCCAAACAAGGUGAUGCCAAAAUGAAGGUUCACGGCAUUGUGGCUUUUAAAUGCGAGAACGUGGCGACCCUUGACCCCAUCACCUUUGAGACCCCUGGGUCCUUCAUCACGCUCAACAAGUGGAACGCCAAGAAGACGGGCUCCAUCUCCUUCGACUUCCGUACCACAGAGCCUAACGGGCUUCUCCUCUUCAGCCACGGAAAGCCCAAACAGGCUCCCAAGGUGGACUUCUUUGCCAUCGAGAUGCUGGAUGGCCACUUGUAUCUACUGCUGGACAUGGGGUCAGGGACCACCAAGACCAGAGCCAUCAACAAGAAGGUCAACGAUGGGGAGUGGUACCACGUAGACUUCCAACGGGACGGACGAUCAGGUACCAUCUCCAUCAACACCCAGCGCCAGGCCUACACGGCCCCAGGAGAGAGUGAGAUCCUGGACCUGGACGAUAACCUGUACCUGGGAGGACUACCAGAGAAUAAACUAGGCCUGGUCUUCCCCACAGAAGUGUGGACGGCUCUCCUGAACUAUGGCUACGUGGGCUGCAUCCGGGACCUGUUCAUCGAUGGCCAGAGUAAAGAUGUCCGCCGCAUGGCCGAGGUUCAGAAGGCUGCCGGAGUCAAACCAUCCUGCUCUAAAGAGCCGCCCAAGCAGUGCCUGUCAAACCCCUGUCAGAAUAACGGUGUCUGCCGGGAGGGAUGGAACCGUUACGUCUGUGACUGCUCAGGGACGGGAUACCUGGGACGCUCCUGUGAGAGGGAUGCGACCAUCCUGAGUUAUGACGGCAGUAAGUUCAUGAAGAUCCAGUUGCCGGUGGUGAUGCACACAGAAGCGGAAGACGUGUCGCUACGGUUCCGUUCUCAACGGGCAUAUGGCGUGCUGAUGGCCACAACGUCACGUGACAGUGCCGACACGUUGCGCCUGGAGCUGGAGACCGGCCGCGUCCGCCUGACGGUCAACCUAGGCAAGGGUCCAGAGACCAUAUUUGCUGGUCAGAACCUGAAUGAUAACGAGUGGCACACGGUGCGUGUGUUCAGGAGGGGAAAGAGUUUGAAACUCACCGUAGAUGGUCUUCAACCUGUAGAAGGUCAAAUGGCAGGUGACCACACCCAGUUGGAGUUUCACAACAUUGAGACGGGUAUCGUGACGGAGAAACGAUUCAUGUCCAUGGUGCCUUCCAACUUCAUAGGCCACCUCCAGAGCCUCUCCUUCAACGGCAUGGCCUACAUAGACCUGUGUAAGAACGGUGACAUUGACUACUGCGAGCUCAACGCCAUGAUCGGCUUCAAGAACAUCAUUGCUGACCCGGUCACGUUCAAGUCACGGUCGAGCUAUUUGGCUCUGACCACCCUGCAGGCCUACUACUCUAUGCACCUGUUCUUCCAGUUCAAGACCACCUCGUCAGAUGGACUCAUACUGUUCAACAGCGGGGACGGAAACGACUUCAUCGUGGUUGAGCUGGUCAAGGGCUACCUGCACUACGUAUCAGACCUGGGGAACGGAGCUCACCUGAUCAAGGGCAACUCCAACAAGCCCCUGAAUGAUAACCACUGGCACAAUGUCAUGAUCUCACGAGACACUAACAACCUCCACACCGUCAAGAUCGACACCAAAAUCACCACCCAGACCACCAUGGGAGCCAAGAACCUGGACCUGAAGGGUGACCUGUAUAUUGGUGGCGUGGCCAAAGAGACAUACAAGGAGCUUCCCAAGCUGGUGCACGCCAAGGAGGGCUUCCAGGGUUGUCUAGCAUCGGUGGACCUGAACGGACGCCUCCCGGAUCUGAUGUCGGAUGCCCUUGCAUGUGUGGGCCAGAUAGAGAGAGGCUGUGAAGGCCCCAGUACAACGUGCCAGGAGGACUCGUGUGCAAACCAGGGUGUGUGUCUGCAGCAGUGGGAGGGGUUCAGCUGUGAUUGUAGCAUGACUUCUUUCGGAGGGCCACUCUGCAACGACGCUGGAACUACGUAUAUAUUUGGGCGUGACGGCGGUCUGAUCACGUAUACAUGGCCUCCCAAUGACAGGCCCAGCACGCGGGCAGACAGGCUGGCCAUAGGCUUCAGCACACAGCUGAAAGAUGCUGUUCUGGUGAGGGUGGACAGCUCCUCUGGCCUUGGAGACUACCUGAAGCUACACAUUGUAAGAUCCGGGAACCCUGGAGUCAGGGGGAGGGAAGGUAAGAGGGGUGAGGAGGGAGGAGGGAAGGAGGGAGAGCCUCAUAUGGUGUGA